AUGACCAGCUCCUCCGCCGCCUCUCGCAAGGCUCUAAGCAAGAUAGCGUGCAAUCGACUCCAGAAAGAGCUGGUAGAGUGGCAGGUCAGUCCACCGGCGGGUUUCAAGCAUAAACCCACCGAUAAUCUUCAAAGGUGGGUAAUUGAAGUGAAUGGAGCUCCAGGGACUCUUUAUGCCAACGAAACAUACCAGCUUCAGGUCGAUUUCCCUGAGCAUUAUCCUAUGGAAGCUCCGCAGGUGAUAUUUCUGCAUCCAGCUCCUCUGCACCCCCAUAUCUAUAGCAAUGGACAUAUUUGUUUAGAUAUAUUGUACGAUUCCUGGUCCCCAGCCAUGACUGUUAGUUCUAUUUGUAUUAGCAUUCUCUCCAUGCUAUCAAGUUCAACUGUUAAGCAACGCCCAGAAGAUAAUGAUCGCUAUGUAAAGAACUGUAGAAAUGGUAGAUCUCCCAAGGAGACCAGGUGGUGGUUCCAUGACGAUAAAGUGUAG